AUGGUGUUUGGCAUCCGGAAGCGCAUCCAGGACCACCUGGUGGAGCGAAGAAUCCGCAGAAGCCGGCUGGUGACCAAAGAUGGCCACUGCAACAUUGAAUUCGGCAACGUGAAGUACGGCAACCACUUUGCCUUCCUCGUGGACUUCUGGACGACCUUCGUAGAGUUCCGCUGGCGCUUUGUCCUCUUCUUCUUCAUCGCCUCAUUCACCCUGAGCUGGUUCAUCUUCAGCCUGCUGUGGUUCUGGGUCGCCCGGAACAACGGGGACCUAACAUGGCAGAACCCCCCAAGCAACCACAUCCCCUGUAUGUGGAAUGUCUACGGUCUGACUACGGCCUUCCUCUUCUCCCUGGAGACCCAGACCACCAUCGGGUAUGGUGUACGCGCUGUCACCCCCCAAUGUCCUGGUGCUGUAGCCCUCAUCAUUAUCCAGACUCUCAUAGGGGCCCUCAUACAUUGCUUCAUGUGUGGAAUCAUCGUGUCCAAGAUAUCCCUUCCCAAGAAAAGGGCCAAGACCAUCUCAUUUAGUGAGGUGGCUGUCAUCUGUCCUAAGAAGGACUUCCUUUGCCUUAUGAUAAGAGUGGCCAACUUACGCAAGACCCUGAUGAUCGGGAGCCAGAUCUACGGCAAGCUGUUGAGGACAACAGUCAAACCCGAUGGGGAGACAAUCAUCAUGGACCAGGUGAACAUUGAGUUCAUGAUGGACGCUGGGAAGGACAACCUCUUCUUUGUGUGCCCUCUCACACUCUACCAUGUGAUUGAUAAGGCUAGCCCUUUUUUUGAGAUGGCAGUGGACACUCUCCGUAAGCAGGAGUUUGAGCUGGUGGUCUUUCUGGAGGGUACAGCCGAGACCACUAGCUCAGCCUGCCAGGUCAGGACUUCCUUCAUUCCUCAGGAGAUCAUGUGGGGUUACAACUUCCUACCCAUCAUCUCCCGCAGCAAAGAGGGCAAGUACAGAGUGGACUUCUCCAACUUCUCCAAGGUAGCGUCCGUUGCCACUGCACACUGUGCCUACUGCUUCCACAACAUAAUGGGACAUCACCUCCCCUCCAUUAAUGUUAUUGACAAUGUUGGAUUUGAAGUUAUUGAUAUCCUAGAAUAA